AACUGCCGGCAACGGAAGCGGAAACUGCCGGCAACGGAAACGCCUCGUGGGCCUGCGGAAGCGGGAGGUCAUGGACAAGCAGAGAUUGGCAUCCCCAGGGUGACGUCACGACUUCAGAGUGAUGUCAUGAGCUCAGAGUGACGUCAUGAGCUCUGAAUGACGUCACGCCUUCAGAGUGACGUCACAACCAUGGCAGGUGCCCCCCAUCUCUAUUGGGAGCAGCAGCGAGCAGCCAACAUCGUCCGCCUCCUAUCCCUGUACCGUCCCCUCCUCGACUCCUACAUCAUUGAUUUCUUCACUGAGGGGCUGUGGGCAAAGCUUCCAUCUGCAUGGCAGGCAGCCUUAGAAGCAGCAGAGCCCCCCCAGCUUGCAGCCAUGCUGCUGGGGAAUGGGGGUAUGGUGGGGCAGGGCACAGUGUGGCCGCUCUCCUUGUUGGCUUUCAGCGCUGCUGUUCAUGCCCUUUCCUUCCCAAGGGGGCAGGUGGGAUGUGCCCCACGUCCACCGUGUCAAAGCCCCCGUUUACAUCCACUUUUGCGUCGCCAUGUGAAGCCUAAGAAACAGCAUGAGAUCUGGCGACUGGGAAAGGUACUGCAGCAGCUGAGCAAAGCGACUGGCUGUGACCGUGUGGUGGAUGUAGGUGCAGGGCAGGGUCACUUCUCACGUUUCCUGGCCUUCAGUCUUGGUUUAUCCGUCACUGCUGUGGAAGGUGAUGGCCGCCUGGUCAGCCUUGCAGAGCGCUUUGAUCAGGAGCUGCUGCGGGAGCUGGAGAAAGCCCAGGCACGAGGUUACAGUAGGAGGCCACCACUGUCCCAACACCACCCAAACACAGCCUCAAACCCUACAGAUCCUGCAUCCCUUUGUCCCCGAUGCCCUCAACACGUAGCUGGCUGGUUGGACCCACAAGCACCUGGACAAGAAUUCCUGCUUGCCCCAACUCCAGGGCCAGCUCUUGCUGCCAGAAACCCACUGGCUGGGCCUAUGGAUAGUGAGCAGGUUCUGCUGACAGGUCUUCAUGCAUGUGGGGACCUCAGUGUGGCUCUCCUACGUCACUUUGCCCACAGCCCCCAGGUGGUUGCCGUCACCUCAGCAGCUUGUUGCUAUAUGAAGCUCUCCACGUGCCUUGAACCAACUGAUUCCAGCCUUCCAGGCUACCCACUGAGCACCUGGGUGGCUGGGCUGCCAGGCCAUAUGUUGUCCUACCGGGCUCGUGAGGCUGCAUGCCAUGCUGUGGAGGAGUAUGCAGAGAGGCUGAGCAGGGAUAGUGAAUGCUUACGUAUUCACUGCUACCGUGCUGUGCUGGAGACCCUCAUUCAGGCAGCUGACCCCAGCAAGAAGCACCUGGGAGUGCAGACAAUGAAGAAAGCCCACACACUCAGCUUCCCUGAGUAUGCCAGGCUGGGGCUGACCCUUGUGGGGCUGGAUUCAGCCACUGUGCCUGUGGAUUCGGAGUCGGUGUGCACUAUGCUGUGUCAGCAGCACAAGGUGGUUGCCUUCUUCAGCCUGGUGCUGCUGCUGGCCCCACUGGUGGAGACCCUGAUCCUGCUUGAUCGCCUACUGUACCUGCGGGAGCAAGGUUUCCAGUGUGCCCUCGUACCCCUCUUCAACCCCCGGUUCUCCCCACGCAACCUGGUGUUGGUGGCCACGCGGGUGCCACUGGAUGCAGUGCUGUCAGGCCUGGACAAGGACAUCUGUGAGGAUGAAGACAUGGUGAAGGGUGAAGUGGAGCCCUGAGAGCAGGCUGAGCAAUGCUGUGGGGACUGAUGGGUGCCCAGUUGGUGGCUGUGAGGCACGAGCUAUAAUAAAACCUGGUUUUAUACAAUGCAAA